AUGCGAAUGUCGCGCUCCUCGACCUUCGCCCUGAAGAUGGCGCCGAAGAAUCCCCGCCUCACGGGCCCCACGGCGCUGAGGCAUCGAAGAGGAGUUUCCAAAGAAGCGGAGCAAGCGCCUGUGCAAGGUGAUCCUCUGGAGCGCGGUAGCCCCAACCACCGGAGCCCGUUGGCAAGGGGAGGUGAGACACUCACCCUAGAGCCGCCAUGGAACCUCAGCAACAAGGUUGUGUACAAUCGCCUGGACAUAGCCACAAAGACCAGCCAGACUCAUUCCUUUGCAAUGUAUACCAAAGAAUACGAUGUCUUCACUGGUGACCUGAAGCAACGUUUUGAUGAAAAGCUCAAAGGAUAUCUCUCUGAGGCCACCACAGUGGAACAUGCUCGGCGGCUUGCCAGUGAUGGUGGGUGUUCAUUGCUGCGCGAAGCUGAGAAGAGUGACGUGCAGUUGCUGCUGAAGCACUUCGUCUUCACCUUGCUCGUCCCGGUGAACCCCGAUGGUUACGUCUACACCUGGGAGGUCGACCGUAUGUGGCGCAAGACGCGGAGUGAUCGCCCCAACCUGCAAUGCGAUGGGAAGGUGGCGGGUGUCGAUGCCAACCGCAACUGGGGCUUUACUUUCGGCAAGACGGCGGACAAAUCCUAUGAGUCACUUUUGCACGAUCCAUGCUCCUCCGUCUUCAUUGGCCCCAAACCGUUUUCUGAACCAGAGACGAAGGCGGCGUCUGAUUACAUGAAGCAAAGGCAAGAGAAAAGCUUGCAGUUGAAAUCCGAGACCGCGGGUCCUGGUUAUGUAGCUGCCUUCAUUGACUACCAUUCUUAUGCUGAGGCAAUGCUACCGCCAUGGGCCUACACUGCGGAGACCCCCAGCGGACCGGAUGGUGUCUACCAGACGGAGAUGACCAAGUCUUUGAAUCGGGCGUUCUUCAACACCUCAGGGCGUACCUUCCAUGCAGGAGCUGAUGUGUUUCCCCCAGACCCGGGCACUGGUCCCGACUGGGCCUAUGGACUUCUUGGAAUCCGCGCUACCAUGACCAUUGAGCUCGAAGGUCACAGCUUUUGCCUGCCAGCGACACAAAUCCAGAACGUUGGGCAGGAGCAAUGGGCUGGAGUCAAGGCAUUGGCGAGCUUCAUCCAAAAGCACGGGGGAGAGCCAUCCACAGAGACUGGCCUUUUUUGCACCAGGCUGGGCACCAAGAGCAGUGAGAAUAGAAAGCCUUUUUUGGAGGGAGUGAGUCAGAGCAUUGCACCUGGAAAGUUCUUUUUUGGCGGGUCCUUUUGGGUGCUUGGAGGUGGCAACUCCUUGCUCGUUGCAGCCAACCCAUCCAUGGAGGCACCUGCCUCCUACGGGUGGCUCAUUGCCUUGACUGUGCGAAACUCACAGCAAAAUCUCGGUCAAAUUGACUUUGCACGUUCAUUUGGCACGUCGAAUUCGGUCACUUGA